AUGAUUUUCUUUCGAAUUGUCCUGAAUAAUGACCCUAUACUAGAGUUUGUAAAAGUCCAUCCAAGACCUUGCCUGUGGGUGAGUUGCGAGGUGUCCCCGACAGCCCGCAGCCCGAGGGUCUGUGGAUGUUCAUGGGUUACCGAGAUUCCAACGAGAGAGCGGCUCGAUUCCGCAUCAACACAACAGCAGACGAAUGUCAUCACGAGUAAUGCUGUUCAUGCCACCCACAGCAUCACUGAGUCUGCUAAACACAUACGCUCGGCCUUUUCCCCAGAUGGGUUCCUGAUGAUGCUAGAGAUGACAGAGAAUAUUCCUUUUAUUGAUAUCAUCUUCGGGCUUUUCGAGGGAUGGUGGUUAUUCGAUGAUGGGCGGUGCCAUGCCAUUGCUCCGCCAUCCCGAUGGGAGCGUGAUUUGCAGUCAGGCGACUUUGGUCAUGUAGAAUGGACAGAUGGUAGCCUUCCCGAGAACGAAAUUCAAAUGGUCAUAAUUGCCAUGGCCAGUGGACCUCCUCAUGAGCACCUUCCUAAACCUCUUCCCAACGUCAAGUCCAGUGAGGUGGGCACUGAUGAGGUUCGUGAGGUGGAAGUGGCCAAAUACGUUGAGACCUACAGACAAGGCUUUGAAGCGCCCUCUCCAAGCUACGAGAUUUCAUCAAUUGACUACCCCCGGGGCCACUGCAUUGUUCUCACCGGCGCGACAGGCAGCCUUGGAUCUCACCUGAUGGAGAAGUUGAUUCAACAGAGCGAUGUUCGGCACGUCGUGUGUGUCAACCGUCAUAGCAGUACACCUGUCGCAACACGUCAGCAACAAGCUCUAUCGUCGAGGGGUAUCACUUUGUCCGCAUCGGAUCAUUCCAAGCUUCGCUUCAUUGAGACCGACACGUCGAAGCCCCAAUUAGGUGUUUCAACCGCGGAGUACGAAUGGCUUACACAGAAUACCACGCAUAUCAUUCACAAUGCCUGGCCCAUGUGCGGAAAACUGCCUGUUAAGUCAUUUACAGCACAGUUCGAAUCAUUGCGGCAGUUAAUUAAUCUCACACGGGACAUUGCCUCCCAACGUCCGAAGGACUUCCAGGUGGGAUUACAACUUAUCUCGUCGAUUGGUGUCGUUGGCCACUAUCCCCUAUGGAGCAAUGGGAUACACGUUCCUGAGGAGCGGAUGGAGAUCAAUUCCGUGCUUGGUAAUGGGUACUGCGAAGCAAAAUACGUCUGUGAGCGCAUGCUCGAUGCAACCCUGCACCGCUAUCCGCAGCAUUUCCGGGUCAUGACAGCGCGGCUUGGCCAGAUCGCUGGCUCAGAAACCAGCGGGUACUGGAAUCCCAUUGAGCAUCUUUCAUACCUGGUCAAAUCGUCCCAGUCAUUGCACAUUCUUCCCAGCUUUGAGGGUACACUAUCUUGGGUUCCCGUCAAUCAUGUAGCGGGGACAUUGAAGGAUCUUAUUAUGGCAAACGGUGCUCCGCAUCCUUUCUACCGUAUCGACAACCCGCUUGGUCAGUCAUGGGCUGAUAUGAUCCAUGUAUUGGCUGAUGCGUUGGAUAUCCCCAAUGAGAAUAUCAUUUCAUUUGACCGUUGGAUCCAACAAGUUCGUCGACCCCCGUUAGCCGUAGAAACGGAGAACCCGGCGGGACGUCUCGUCGAUUUCUUGGAUGAUCACUUUUUACGCAUGUCCUGCGGUGGCUUGUUGUUGGAUACUACCCAUACCCAGGAACACUCUCCAACGUUCGCUAAACAGGGACCCGUCAGUGCUGAUGUGGCUAGAAAGUAUAUUCAAGCUUGGGAGGAUGUGGUAUUUCUUCAUUCCUGA